AUGAGUGGAGUCAUACAGAACACAUUUACAGCCAUCUUAAGUGUGGAAUUCAUAACUGGGAAUUUAGGAAAUGGAUUCAUAGCACUGGUGAACUGCAUGGACUGGGUCAAAAAAAGAAAACUCUCUUUAGUUGAUCAAAUCCUCACUGCUUUGGCACUCUCCAGAAUUGGUGUACUCUGGUUAGUAUUGUUAAAUUGGUGGUUUUCUGUGCUUCACCCAGCUCAAUCAUGGACUGGAAAAAUGGUAAAAAUGAUUUAUAUUACCUGGAUAAUAAUUAGUCAUUUUAGCGUCUGGCUUACUACAAGCCUUUGCAUUUUUUAUUUUCUUAAGAUAGCCAAUUUUUCUAACUCGAUUUUUCUCUAUCUGAAGUGGAGAAUUAAAAAGGUGGUUUCAGUGACACUACUGAUGUCUUUGUUGCUCUUGUUUUUAAAUGUUGUACUGAUGAACUCACUUAUUGAUGUCUGGAUUGACAGAUAUAAAGGAAAUAUGACUUGUCAUUCUAGUUUAAGGAAUCUUGCAGUAUUUUCCAAACUUCUUUUAUUCACCAACUCUAUGUUCAUAUUCAUACCCUUCACUGUGUCUGUGACAACUUUUCUCCUGCUAAUCUUCUCUCUGUGGAAACAUCUGAAGAGGAUGCAGCACAAUGCCAGAGGGCCCAGGGAUGCCAGCACCACGGCCCAUGUGAAAGCCUUGCAAAUUGCCAUCGCCUUCCUGCUGCUUUAUACCACGUUUUUCCUGUCAUAUCUUGUACAAAUUUGGAGCUCUGGGUUUCUGGAUAAAAGUCUGAUCCUUUUGUUUUGCCAAACUGCUGGAACUGCUUUUCCUUCAUGCCACUCAUAUGUCCUGAUUCUGGGAAACAAUAAACUGAAAAAGGCCUCUCUUUCUGUGCUGAGGUGGUUGAGGUGCAGGUUCAAAGAUGUGGAACCACUGGGUUCAUAG